AUGCCACCGAAAAACAAGGGCAAGAAGGGGAAGAAACAGGACGACGACGAGUACUGGGACAAGGCGGGCGAAUCUGUCGCGGCUCCCGCUUCAACACUUGAAAAUGAUUCGGCACCGUCGAAUUCCAGGUCUGCCUUUGGCGGAUUCGCGGCCCUCGACAUGACUGCGGAAGAUUCGGGUAUGCCAGAAGAGGAGGAAGAUUAUGGCGGGCUCAUGUCCGCAAUCAAAGCUUCCUCCAGCAAGGGCAAGAAAGACAAGAAGAAGAAGAAAGGGACGGAUCUCGGCGCUCUAGAUGAUAUUCCUGCUGCUGAGGAGGAUGGGCCAUCUAAGCAAGCUGUGGAAAUGACUGCCGAGGAACUCGCGGACGAGGAGUGGGGGGCUGUCAAGGAGAAGAAGAAGGGUAAAAAAGGCAAAGGAAAGAAGGGCAAGGCUCUCGAUGAAGAUGAAGACAACGAUGGGCCGGAAACGCAACCUGGAGACGAGUCCAAACAACCUCAGGAGGCGGUGGCCGACGAGGAAUGGGGUCCAGUCAAGGAUAAGAAGAAAGGCAAAAAGAGUAAAGGAACAACGGCUAAUGAGGUUGAAGACGAGGAACCAAUAGACACACUCCCAACUGUGCCCCCUGCAGCCGAAGCCGAAAAAGACGAUGGCGAUGACGGGGGCGAAGAUGCUGGACCCAAAGUCUUGUCUAAGAAAGAGAAAGAGAAACUCAAAAAGGAACGCGAAAAGGCCAAGAAAAAGGCUCAAGCAGCCGCCAAAAAGGCGGCUGCGCCUGAAGAUGCGCCGACUGAAGCUCAGCCCGCUGCAGUAGAACCCCCAAAGGCUGCAGACAACGACGAUGAAGGGGACGAAGUAGGUACAGCUGCGGCUAAGAAAAAGAAAAAGAAGAAAGGGAAGAAAGAGGACGAACCAGCACCAGCGCCAGCAGCAACAGCACCAGCGAAAAAGGGUGGACGUUUAAAUGCUAUCCAGCAAAUGGUCCAAGAGCGAAAGAGACUUGAAGAAGAGGCAAAACGAAGAGAGGAGGAGGAGAGAAAACGAAUAGAAGAGGAGGAGGCUCGUCUGGCAGAAGAAGAAAGGCUGAAAGAGGAAGAAAAACAACGGAAAAAAGAUAAAGAGAAAGCGAAACGCGAAUUGGCCAAGAAGGAGGGCAGAUUGCUUACCAAGAAACAACGCGAAGAAAAAGCCAUGGCCGAAAUAAGAAAGCAGGCUUUACUCUCAUCUGGUGUCCAAAUCGAAGGUUUACAACAGGCGUCGGGUAGCGGCAGAAGAGUCAAUUACGGUGCCCGCAAGAAAAAGCCAACCGUCGCCAAAGAUGCAUCUCCUGCUCCAGAAUCACGACCAAGAUCCCCGGAACCCCAGCCGGAGGCGAAAGUAGAAACUUCAACUGCUCCAGUUGAUGACUGGGAUGCUAGCAGUGCUGACGAGGAGGAAACAAAACCGGCUGCUUCUGGUGUUAAAGACUCAUGGGACGCAUCCAGUGACGAAGAAGAGGAGGAGCAACCGCCAAAACCCAGCCCUGCCCCGGCGCAAAAACCAGUAGCGUCAAAACCAGCAGCUGCACAACCUCCUAAAUCAGCCACCAAGUCCGCGCCUCCUCCAAAAGCACAAACCAACAGCAAACCAGUACCAACGAAAGCCGCCCCUGCAAAAGGCAAAGCUCCUGUCAAAGAGGAAUCUUCCGAGUCAGAGGACGAUUCAGACGACUCCGACGACUCUGACGAUUCUGAAGAGGACUCAGAUGACGACUCUGAUUCGGAUGACUCGUCUUCUGAUGAGGAACUUACUGUCGCUCAGAAAAUGGCUGCACAACGUAAAGCCGAAGCCGCUGCCCGACGAGCCAAAGCCCAUGAGGAGGCGCUUGCGGCACGGAGCAAAGACGAUCUACGGAGUCCUAUCUGUUGUAUUCUCGGACAUGUCGAUACUGGGAAAACCAAACUUCUCGACAAGAUUCGCCAAACCAAUGUGCAAGAAGGCGAAGCUGGUGGUAUCACUCAACAAAUUGGAGCGACCUACUUCCCAGUGGAUGCGAUAAAGACCAAGACGGCGGUCAUGAACAAGGACGGGAAACAAGAAUACAAGAUCCCAGGGCUGCUCAUCAUUGAUACUCCCGGACACGAGUCUUUCACCAACCUGCGAUCGCGUGGAAGUUCCCUUUGCAACAUUGCUAUUUUGGUGGUUGAUAUCAUGCACGGACUAGAACCGCAGACAUUAGAGUCGCUUCGGCUGCUGAGGGACAGGAAAACACCGUUCAUCAUCGCUCUCAACAAGAUUGAUCGUAUGUAUGGUUGGGUUGCAACUCCAGAUGGCGCUUUCCAGGAAUCGCUCGCGAAACAGCCACGAUCAGUUCAACGCGAGUUUGAGGACCGGUAUAACAAAAUCGUCGUCGAAAUCGCGGAACAAGGGCUCAACGCUGUCCUGUACUACGAGAACAAGAGCUUUGCGAGGAACGUGUCCGUUGUACCGACAAGUGCAAUCACUGGGGAGGGAGUGCCUGAUAUGAUCAUGCUACUAGUCAACCUCACACAGCAGCGCAUGAGCGACAGGCUCAUGUACAUUUCUGAACUCGAAUGCACCGUUCUCGAGGUCAAGGUCAUUGAAGGCUUGGGGACCACAAUCGACGUAGUUCUUUCCAACGGCUAUCUCCGUGAAGGCGACAAGAUUGUGGUCUGUGGUUUGAAUGGGCCUAUUGUAACUCAGGUCCGAGCGCUCCUAACACCGCAGCCUUUGCGCGAACUGCGUGUCAAGUCCAACUACGUGCACCACAAGGAAGUCAAGGCAGCGUUGGGAGUCAAGAUAGUGGCGCCAGAUCUCGAGAAAGCUAUUGCUGGCUCGCGGCUUUUGGUUUGCGGACCCGACGACGAUGAGGAUGACCUGCGGGAUGAGGUCAUGUCUGACCUGACGUCGCUGCUCAACAACAUCGACAAAUCAGGACGCGGUGUUUGUGUUCAGGCAUCAACGCUCGGCUCGCUCGAAGCGUUGCUAGACUUUUUGAAGUCGAGCAAGAUUCCAGUGUCCGGUAUCAACAUUGGGCCUGUCCAUAAGAAGGAUGUAAUGCGGGCGGGCACUAUGUUAGAGAAGGCCAAAGAGCUUGCGUGUAUCCUUUGCUUCGAUGUGCCAGUCGACAAAGACGCAGAAAAGUUGGCAGAGGAUAUGGGCAUCCGGCUAUUCAAAGGCAAUUUAUUAGCGGAUAUUAUAUACCACCUUUUCGAUGCCUUCACUGCAUAUAACCAGGAAAUCGUAGAGGCCAAGCGACGAGACGCUGCCCCACAAGCCGUCUGGCCUUGCCGACUCAAGAUUAUUGCUGCGUUUUGCAAGCGCGACCCAAUCAUUCUUGGUGUCGACAUUCUCGAUGGCACUUUGCGAAUCGGCACGCCCAUCGCGGUCGUUAAAACGGAUCCUGCGACAGGCAAAAAGGAUAUAAUAGAGCUUGGCAAAAUAACCUCGCUUGAGAUUAAUCACAAGUCCCAGGAGCUAGUAAAAAAGUCCCAAGCUGGAGGCGGCGUUGCAGUCAAGAUUGAACAUGCAGUGUACCAAUCAGCAAAGAUGUUUGGCCGGCAUUUUGACGAUAAGGACGAACUUUUAAGCCGUAUCACGCGUCAAAGUAUCGAUGUGCUGAAAUCGUCUUUCCGCGACGACGUAACCCCGGAGGAGUGGAUGCUAAUUAAAGGGUUGAAACCGCGAUUCAAUAUCUAG